CGGAAAAUUAUCCAAACUCUAAUGGUUCAUAUUGCUGGCUAGCCCCAUGGCCCCUCCUAGGAAACGAGCAUUGCCUGCACCCCUACCAGACGGGUUUACACUGAUCGACACUGAGAAGAAGCAAUGGAAACUGGGCAGAAUUAUUGGCCAAGGAGGUUUUGGAUUGAUCUACCUAGCUUCGCAGGACAUGGAAAUGCCUGUUGGGGAGGACUCUCAUUUUGUGAUUAAAGUGGAGUACCAUGAGAAUGGUCCUCUGUUUUCUGAGCUCAAGUUCUAUCAGAGGGCAGCUAAACCUGAGAACAUGCAGAGGUGGAUGAGGAGCAAGACGCUGGAUUUUCUGGGGAUCCCUGCAUACUGGGGAUCAGGACUGGCAGAACACAACGGAACCAGGUACAGGUUCAUGGUGAUGGACCGCCUGGGCAGUGACCUGCAGAAGGUGUGUGAGAGAAACGGUGGCAAGCUGAAGAAGCACACAGUACUACAGCUAGGACGUGUCCUGCUGGAUGUGCUUGAGUAUAUCCAUGACAACGAGUAUGUCCACGCAGACAUAAAGGCUGCCAACCUGAUGCUUGGUCACACAGACCCUGACAAGGUGUACCUGGCUGACUACGGCCUGUCCUACAGGUACAGCCCAGACGGCGUACACAAAGAGUACAAAAAGAACCCAAAAAAGGGACACAACGGAACCAUAGAGUACACCAGCAUAGAUGCCCACAAUGGAGUCGCUCCAUCGAGACGUGGAGACCUGGAGGUGUUGGGCUUCUGUCUGCUCCACUGGCUGUGUGGGGCGCUGCCCUGGGACUCUGUGCUCAAGAACCCUAUACAGGUCCAAGAGGCCAAGACCAGACUCAUAGGUAAUCUACCUGGUUCGGUGCAGGAGCUGUCGGUGGGUGGAGCUUGCACAGAUGAGUUGGCCAGUUUCCUGCUCAGUGUCAAAGCUCUGGAGUAUGAGGAACGUCCGGACUACCAGAGGCUGAGAGAGCUGCUGUCUGAGGCGGGACCGAGGGUGAGCGGAGGCCAGGGAAGGCUGGACCUGUCUGUGCCACGAGGAGCAAUGUCAGGGGGUUCCUCCACCAGAGGGUCUGAUUGGCCAGACAGGGGCAAGAAAGCAGGCCGAGGUAGAGGCUCAUCCAAACUAAAGCCCGUAGUUGUGGUGGAUGAGGAGAGUGAUGAAGAGGAUGAGAAGAUGGAGUUGGAUGAAGCAAGGCCCAAACCUGUACCACCCAAGGGCGUAAAGAAAGCGGGCAGGGCUAAACCUGCAACUAGAGGGGCCUCCAAACCAAAGCCUAUAUAUGUGGAGGAUGACAGUGAUGAAGAAAAGAUGGAGAUUGAAGAGGGGAGACCCAAGCCUGGACCAUCUCGCUACAUUAGGGGACCACCAGUAUCCAACCCCCAGUCAGAACAUGGGAAAGCAGGACGAGCUAGAGGGUCGUCCAAACCAAAGUCUGUAUAUGUGGAGGAUGACGAGAGUGAGGAAGAGGAGAUGGAGAGACCCAGACCUGUGCCGUCUCAAUACAUCAGAGGACCACCCAAAUCCAAGCCCCAGCCAGAACAGGCGGUGAGGCCAAGGCACUAAGUCCUGCAAUAUUGACAGGAUUCUACUAGAAUGUUGUCAAACUGGUUUUACAAGAAUGGACAAAAUGACCAGCUACUUUACAUUGACGCCCAACUGAUAAUGAAAUACGUUUUAUCAGAGCAAGUUCAAACCCAAAAUAAAUCACUUUUUUAAAUUGUGAUUAUAUAUUUUUUUUAAUUGCCUUUGUUGUAAUUUCACAUUAACGGCUGUUACAAAAGUUCAGGUCAAUGGAAGAAACCCAAGCAAAUGUGUGAAUUAUCCCCUAACAGAAAACAUCAACACAAACCAAACGUUGCGUCAGGAAAAUAGUUGCUGAUGACGGUGUUGCUGUGACCUCAAGACCACAAGUCAACCAUAGACUGUUCCAACCCAGAGAAAGUACAACCCCUACAAUAAGCAAAUUGGGUCAAACACAUGAUGACCAGUGGGAGGACCACAGUCAGACACACUGGGAAAAACAUCUGUACAAAGAGGAUGGUUCAGAAAUCUUCAACCAUGACCACCGGUGUGGGGGUAAGAGUAAUAAGCACAAUCCCCCAGAAUCUGACCACUGGGAAAGUCCCAUCCACAUAUAUGACUAUGGUGAGUGGGAGGAAUACAGCCACAAAGACCAUGGCCAGAGAGCAGAGCCUUCUCCCAAACAGAAGAGUGGCUGUAAUGUCACACUGUACUGUAGUGCCUUGGUGGUCUUAUUCCUGUCCCUGGCCUUUCUAUUCACUCUGACUGACAGUCCUGAAUGAUGACUUGGUGCCCUUUCCCUGCAGCUCUUUGAGCUUUUUUUGUUGUUGCCUAUUUUAGGUUUGCAUCAUCCCCAACUCUUACUCCAGUUUGCUAUAGUGUCAUGACGUGAGUGAGACGAUAUACAUUAGAUGAGAUGUAUUAUGGAUUUGCUGAGGCUCAUGUUAAACCUUAUAGCUCUAUGCCCAGGCUUCAGUCAGCUCUCAGGGUUUCUGGGUGGACAUCUUCACUGUGAUGGGCUGUAAACAACAAAAGUAAAAAUGUAAUUUAACAUGGACUACAUUGUCAAAACAGGCUCGCUGUAUCAAUUACUAAAAAAAAAACUAUUUUGAUUUGCAACUGUACCUCUGUAAGACUAUAGAAAAUCCCCAGUGUGAUUUAUGCGUGACUGUUGUAUAAUAUACUAACCAAGGACAUGGUACCUCCACACUACUAAAUGUGAUCUGCUAUAUUCAAUGUACUUAUUAUUGUGCAUGAACAGCGCUCUAUAUUACCCUUUUUUAAACU